AUGGUUAUUGAUAGUAUCACGAAAACUGAGACGUUAGGAGAAGAACAGGGGUCUAGAAUGGAUAGAUCACGAUUAUAUAACAAGAGUAUACGCGAAGCGUAUGAGAAUAUGGUGAGAGAAUCUGGGAGUGGGAUCAGUACAAGUUCUGAUUCAGUGCCAAGGCGUGGGUUUGUUAGUGGAUACCAUGAUUCUCGCGAUUCUCGCGAUUCUCAGAAGAUGUCUUCGCCAGAAGGGCUGUCGCAUAAUGCAGGACAAGUGGCGGACUUUGAGAACAGCGAGUUUUCGGAUAAUGAGGCAGUAGAAGACGAACAGGACGGUAGGGAUUCGGAGAGUGACUAUCUGCAAUUUAAAAAAUCGUUGAUUCAGGAUGAUGAAUGGUUGGACGACGAAUCGGAUACAGAUUAUACAGAGGAAGCGGAUCGCAGUUUUCUUCUGGAUAACAACGAUGACGAGCUAUAUAGUGAUGGAUAUGAAGAAGAUUCUGGGAGCGGCAGCUUUGCUCGAAACAGAAGUAGGAGUCGUUAUGGCUACUUGGGUGAUUCAGACGUGUCUGAGUUGCGUUCAAACUGGAUUUCUUCCAAGUUUUGGGUCCUUCUUUCCGUUAUUAUAUCGUUGUGGUUUGUUGGGUCGUGGAUAUCUUCCAACGCCAGCUCGCCCUUGACGCCGGAUCUGAACAAAAGAAUAAACAUGUUGCAAAAUCAAUUGAACCAGUUGAACCACGAACGAGAUUUGCAAAAGAAGAAAUACCAAAGCGAUCUAGAUCAGAAUGUUAAACUAAUAAUUCAGCAAUUUGAAAAGAACAUCAAACGGAUUUUACCAAAGAACAUUAAAGAUUUCUCUAAGAUAUACUCUUCUAUGGAAAACCUAGAGUCAAAGGUUGAUACUCUAAACGAGAAAAUUGCCUGGAAUAACGUUAACGAAACACUUUCACGUUUGAAUGAUGUAUUGCCUACCGAAAUACCAGUCAUAAUUGACUCCGACAGAGUUGCAGAAAACGGGAAUAUAACAGAAAAACAAGUGCUACUUAUUCCAGAACUACACAACUAUCUAGCUGAACUUAUUCCAGCAUUAAUCAAUAGCUCCAUUGAUGUACAAUCGAUAUUGACUACUUCCACUUUUAAAUACGAUUUGAAUAACUAUGUGAAGGAGAUUCUGAGCAACGAAUUUCAAUUCAUUGAAAGGACUCAGUUUAUUCAAGAGAUGCAGUCAUAUAUGCAAGUUAUCAAAGAGGAGCUCUCUAAAGAGUUGGAAUCGAAAACAAGUCAUCUUCAAAGUCCGCAGCAGAUAUCAACCUUGGUACUAAAAAAAAUGGUUCACAGGAUCUAUAACUCAAAUCAACACCAAAUGGAGUCCAGCUUAAACAAGGCUACUUUUUCGCAAGGUGCAAAGAUAUUGAACCAUUUGUGCUCAAAAACGGUCAAAGGUAGUACAACCCCAGUUGAUUUGUUGCAGGACUGUUCCUUUGGUUGUUCUACUUCUACAUACUGGCACUGCGACAGUAAGAACUGUCAAUGGGCAAUUCGUUUUGACGAACCGCUAUUCCUAACGAAGAUCUCCUAUUUACAUGGGAGGUUCUCUCAUAACUUGGAAGUCAUGUCCGCGGCACCAAAAGUCAUUUCCAUUUACGUGAAGCCACUGACUCCAUCAAAGGAUUUACAAAAAAUGCCAAAGUGGAUGAGGGACUCCUCCUACGUCAAGCUCGGAAGCUUACACUAUGACCUCUACUCAAAACUUAUUAAGCAAGACUUCUUAUUACCGGAUUGGUUCAUAAAAUCCAAAACAUUGGUUAGAUCAAUGAUUUUUGUGGCUGAGGAAAAUCACGGAAACAAGGAUUACACUGCUAUGAGAAAGUUUAUUGUAAAUGGAGUAACCCCAAAGGACUUACAAUUAAUGAAUUCUUUUCCAGCUGACUGGGCGCAUAUGACUCCCGAGUAUUCUGUUUCAGUUGAAGAGCAAGAAAGGGCAAGAUUAUCCGAAGUAGCAACGUGGCAGGACCAACAAGUACCUUCGUUUGGGGAAGACGAAAUAGUUGACUAA